AUGCUUACCCCUCUCCCCAGUUUCAGGUAUGGAGGGGGGUGCCUGGGGCUCGCCGGCCCCCCUCGCCGCCCCCCCAGCCCCGCACCGCCAGCCCUGCGCUGCCUGCUCCUGGCCGGCCCGGCCACGGGCUGCGUGGCGCUCGGCUUGCUGGGCACGGCCGCGCGCUGCCAGGAGGCCGCCGUCCCCGCUGUCCCCGCCGUCCCUGUGCCCCCUGAGCCCGCACAGCCCCGGCCGGAGCCCACCUUCGACUGGCCGGCGUUCUGGACCUUCCUGCGCCCCCAGCUCCUGGCCCUCUCGGCGGCCGUGGUGCUGGCACUGGGCGCAGCCCUGCUCAACGUCCGCAUCCCGGUGCUGCUGGGGCAGCUGGUGAACGUGGUGGCCCGCUGCGCCCGCGGCCACAUCACCGGCUACCUGCGAGAGGCCCGGCGCCCGGCCCUGCGCCUGCUCGCCGUCUACUGCCUGCAGGGGCUGCUGACCUUCGGGUACAUCGCGCUGCUGGCGCGGGUCGGGGAGCAGGUGGCGGGCAGCAUGCGCAAGGCGCUCUUCAUCUCCCUGCUGCGGCAGGACGUGGCGUUCUUCGACGCCAACCGGACGGGGCAGCUGGUCAACCGGCUGACGGCCGACAUCCAAGAGUUCAAGUCCUCCUUCAAGCUGGCCAUCUCCCAGGGCCUGCGCAGCGGCACCCAGACGGCGGGCUGCUUCGUUUCGCUCUACCUGCUCUCGCCCAAGCUGACCGGCCUCCUGCUCGUGGCGCUGCCCGCGCUGGUGGGCGCCGGGGCCCUCAUCGGCGCCGUCCUCCGCAGCCUCUCCCGCCGGGCGCAGGAGCAGGUGGCCAAGGCCACCGGGGUGGCAGACGAGGUGCUGGGAAACGUCCGGACCGUGCGCGCCUUCGCCAUGGAGGACCGGCAGGCGGGGCUGUACUGCGCCGAGGUGGACCGCGCCGGCUGGCUGAACGAGCGGCUGGGGCUGGGCAUCGCCGCCUUCCAGGGGCUCUCCAACCUGGCGCUGAACGGCAUCGUCCUGGGGACCAUCUUCGUGGGCGGCUCCCUGAUGGCCGGGGACGAGCUCUCGCCGGGCGACCUCAUGUCCUUUCUGGUGGCCUCGCAGACGGUGCAAAGGUCCAUGGCCAACAUCUCCAUCCUGCUGGGGCAGGUGGUGCGAGGGCUGAGCGCCGGCGCCCGCGUCUUCGAGCUGCUGACGCUGGAGCCCAGCGUGCCGCUGCGGGGCGGGGGCUCCAUCCCCAGCCACUCCCUGCUCGGCCGCAUCUGCUUCCACCACGUCUCCUUCAGCUACCCCACCCGCCCCGGCUACCCGGUCCUGCGGGACUUCAGCCUCACCCUGCCCCCCUGCAAGACGGUGGCCAUCGUGGGACCCUCCGGAGGAGGGAAGUCGACGGUGGCGGCGCUGCUGGAGCGGUUCUACGAGCCCACGCAGGGCACCAUCACCCUGGACGGCCACGACAUCUCCUCCCUGGACCCCUCCUGGCUGCGAGGGCAGGUCAUCGGCUUCAUCAGCCAGGAGCCGGUGCUCUUCGGAACAACCAUCAUGGAGAACAUCCGCUUUGGGAAGCCGGGAGCCUCCGACGCAGAGGUGUACGCCGCGGCCCAGCUCGCCAAUGCCGACGGCUUCAUCCGCAGCUUCCCCGAGGGCUACGACACCGUUGUGGGUGAGCGUGGCACGGCGCUGUCGGGGGGUCAGAAGCAGCGCAUCGCCAUCGCCCGGGCCCUGCUGAAGGACCCCGCCGUCCUGAUCCUGGACGAGGCCACCAGCGCGCUGGACGCCCAGUCGGAGAAGGUGGUGCAGGAGGCGCUGGACCGCGCCGUCUCGGGCCGUACGGUGCUGCUCAUCGCCCACCGCCUCAGCACCAUCCGGGGGGCCGACCUCAUCGUGGUGCUGGCGCAGGGCCGGGUGGCCGAGGCAGGGACCCACGAGGAGCUGGUGCGACGGGGGGGUCUCUACGCCGAGCUCAUCCGCCGGCAGACCAAGGACCGGACCUGA